AUGAUCGCCCAGGCAGUCGGAAAUUGGACCAGCCGCAUCGUCUCCACCGCCAUCUACGGURACCCAGAGCAGCUCGGUCCCGUCGUGAUGGGUGUGUUCAAGACGUUCAAUUCAGACCACCCUGGCAUGAACGAGUUUGGCGCACAGCUGCGAACGUCUCUCAUGGAGCGCCUUCAGAUGGCUGACUUCCCGUCAAUCUUGCUUCAAGAGCAAUCGCGCAUGUCUUCGGUCCUCUGGGAGCCUGCCAACAAGAUUUUCUACGAGGAGAAGAUCAAGUCAAAGACCGACAAGACUUUUCCGCUUCCAGUAUGGUGGAACGACAUGGUCCGUACGAUACCCGGCCAUGAGAAGGAAGUCGUCUUGACACCUCAACAGGAGUGGCUCACGUGGGUGAACGUCCCGUUAGACUCCAUGCGGCAGACCGCCUCAGGCUCCAAAGGCAACUAUGCCGCCUUCUACACCAUCAUGAGCUUGAUCAAGGGCACCACCCUUCACGACAAGUUUGGUGAGGACGUGGAGAAGGAGGUCUCGCUACUCGUGCCAUACAAGCGUCAGCUUCGGAUGUACACUUCUGCUUUCACCCAGCUCCGCACGCAGGGUUGA